AGUUUACCAAGGCUUAGAGAUGUGAAUGUGUUGGUUGAUGUUGGAGGAGGAGUUGGAAACACACUCGGUGUUGUUACUUCUAAGUAUCCAAAUAUUAAGGGUAUCAACUUUGAUCUGACUUGUGCCUUAGCACAAGCACCUUCUUACCCUGGGGUGGAACAUGUCGCGGGAGAUAUGUUCGUGGAUGUUCCAAAAGGAGAUGCCAUGAUCUUGAAAUGUAUACUUCAUGGUUGGACGGACGAAGAAUGUGUGAAAAUUCUUAAGAACUGUUGGAAGUCACUACCGGACAACGGUAAAGUUGUUGUCAUAGAACGAGUCACUCCAGAGGAAGCUGAGAAUGGGGACAUUAAUGCAAAUAUUGCCUUUGAUAUGGAUAUGUUGAUGCUCACCCAAUGUUCCGGUGGAAAAGAAAGAUCACGAGCCGAGUUUGAAGCUUUGGCUGCAGCUUCUGGCUUCACCCAUUGCAAAGUUGUUUGUCAGACUUAUCAUUGCUGAAUUAUUGAGUUUUGUAAAUAAAAUGUAUAAGAUAUAAACUAAAACGCUGAAAUUGUUAAUUCACCUUCGUUUCAUUAUGUGAUGAUCAUGCUUUGACUGUGUGUUCAAGCAAUAUCAAAUAAGAAGAUAAUUUUUUUGUUUAUUUUCUCACUGUACUCUUAAGUAGUGGCGGAUGUAGGGUUAUUUUUUUGUGGAGGCAAAUCUUACAUAAACUUAAAAAGCAUAGCUAGAAAAUGAUAUUUACUAAAAAAAAGUAACUAAAAUUUAGGGAUAUUAAACAAAUUUUGAAAAUUUUACAUCCGCCACCGCUCGUAAGGAAUAAGCCUUAUCUAAUUAGACACAUGAUUUUUUUUAAAGAGUUCAGAUUUCAGAAGAUCCACAAAAGUUUUUUUUUUCUUUCUUUUUUCAAUACAACCUUUUCAUUACAACUCAACUUUGGUGACUACAAGGAGAAGAUAAAAUUUUGCAUCCUCUUUGAUAAACAAAAUAAACUACAAUAUCAACAAAGUUUGAAUGCGUCGAAAAUGCUUUCAUGACCAAGUCUAGACAGCUGAGAAGUAAUCACUAAAGUAGUGACGUUGAGAUCUAGUCCACAAAAGGGCUACUUCUCUAAUUUCUUGAGAAAUGUUUUGUUUUUGCUUUAAUUUCGUUCGCAUUAAAAACAUGAAACGAAACCAUUACAUACCUUAUUUGUUUUCAUGGUUUUCAUAAAUUUUGAAUUUUUUAUUUUUGCACAAGAA